AUGGCCGGCGAGGGGACUCCUGUUACGCUGCUGACCCGCAACGCAGCUGAAACGGAAAGCCUGCAGUUGGCCCGCGAGAAUUCCCGGUUCCUUCCCGGCAUCAAGUUCCCAGAUACACUGGGAGUUGCCGACGACCCGUCCCAAGCGCUGGCUGACGCCGCAAUGGUUGUGAUCGCUGUGCCAUCAGACCGGCUGCGGGAGAAUGCGCGCCGUAUUGCAGCCCACUUGGCCCCGGGAACAGUGGUCGUCAACGCGACGAAGGGCCUGGAGCUGCCCACCGCCCUGCGCAUGAGCCAGGUGCUGGCGGAAGAAUUGCCUGCCUCCGUGCGAUGCCGUAUCUGCUCCCUUUCCGGGCCCAAUCUUGCCAAGGAAAUUGCUCAGGGUAAGCUGGCAACUACCGUUGUGGCAUCGGACUAUCAGGAUGCAGCGGAGCAGGCGCAGUCAGCCCUGCUGUCCAGCCGCUUCCGCGUAUACACCAGCGACGACCUGGUCGGUGUGGAGUUGGGGGGCGCGCUGAAGAACAUUGUGGCCCUUGGGGCGGGCAUCUGCGACGGCCUGCAUUUCGGGGACAACGCAAAGGCCGCAUUUGUAACACGUGGACUGGCCGAGAUCGCUCGGCUGGGAGUUGCAGCCGGGGCGCAGCCACUGACCUUUGCAGGGCUGGCUGGCCUUGGCGACGUCAUAGCCACCUGCGCCAGCCGCCUGAGUCGCAAUCGCUACGUAGGGGAGCAACUGGCUUUAGGGAGCUCGUGGCCGCAGAUCCGUGCCUCCAUGGACAAUGUGGCCGAAGGAGUAAAUGCCGCGGAGGCGGCGCUCAAGCUGGCCCGGCAAUUCGACGUGGAAAUGCCCAUUACGGAGACGACUUUCCGCAUACUGCACGAGGGCCUCUCCCCUCGCGAGGCAGCGACAGAGCUCAUGCAGCGUCCCGUCGGCAGCGAGUGGUAG